GGUGGGAAGGGGAGGCGGAGGGAAGGCGGGCACGGCGGAGACAAGGUGGAGGGGGUGGGAUUCCCGGAGGCGCCGGCGUCACCGUGGGGACUCCCUCCUCACCUCGGCGCUGGGCACGGGUGGACGCGGUCGUCAGGAGGUGCCAGAACCAGUCUGUUGCUGCUCCUUGCCCGAGAAAACCGCUUUCCUGGAGAAGACCCCUGGUCUCAUGAGCGGACCAACAGAUCUCGGGAAUGGCAGCAUUCUGGAGCCAGUCCUGCGGCUCAGGAAAGGGUACAUGCCCGAUGUCGCUGGGCAGAAACACGAUGAUCAUAACCAGUCAAGUGAUCAGGGGCCCCUCUUAGUGGAGCCACCUAUAUCUUCUGAGCAAGAAAAGAGUUCUGACGAUGCCAGGGAUAAUGAUUCGGCACCGGAAGAUGAAAGAUUUAUGGGGAUGCUGCCUCUCCUCCAAGCCCACCAUGCCAUGGAGAAAAUGGAAGAGUUUGUGUGUAAGGUGUGGGAGGGCAGAUGGCGUGUCAUCCCCUUUGAUGUCUUGCCGGACUGGCUAAAGGACAAUGACUACCUGUUGCAUGGACACCGACCACCCAUGCCCUCUUUCCGGGCAUGCUUCAAAAGCAUUUUCAGAAUACACACUGAGACUGGCAACAUCUGGACACAUCUACUAGGUUGUGUGUUCUUCUUGUGUCUGGGAAUAUUCUACAUGUUCCGGCCAAACAUGACCUUUGUAGCACCUGUGCAGGAGAAGGUGGUGGUUGGAAUGUUCUUUUUGGGAGCCAUUCUCUGCCUCUCCUUCUCGUGGCUCUUCCAUACAGUUUACUGCCAUUCAGAAGGUGUGUCGAGGCUCUUCUCCAAGUUGGACUACUCUGGUAUUGCCCUUCUCAUUAUGGGCAGCUUUGUUCCUUGGCUCUACUACUCUUUCUAUUGCAACCCUCAGCCGUGCUUCAUCUACUUGAUAGUGAUCUGUGUCCUGGGCAUUGCAGCCAUUAUCGUUUCCCAGUGGGACAGAUUUGCAACCCCUCAAUACAGAGGAGUACGGGCAGGAGUGUUUCUAGCUCUGGGCCUUAGUGGGGUUAUCCCCACACUGCACUUUGUCAUCUCAGAAGGGCUCCUUAAGGCUGCCACGAUGGGACAGAUUGGCUGGCUGGCCCUCAUGGCUUGUUUGUACAUCACUGGUGCUGCCCUGUACGCUGCUCGCAUCCCAGAGAGGUUCUUCCCGGGCAAGUGUGACAUCUGGUUCCACUCCCACCAGCUAUUCCACGUGUUUGUAGUGGCUGGUGCCUUUGUGCACUUCCAUGGCGUUUCAAACCUUCAGGAGUUCCGCUUCACAGUUGGAGGAGGCUGCUCGGAGAACGAGAUGCAGUGAAAGUGGCCAGACGCCCAGGACUGUAACCAAAAGAGAACUGUGGGAGCAGCCAGGAGUUAACCAGGCAGCUGGUGUGAGCAUCAGUGCCCACCUCUUACCUGCGGUGGUGUGGAAGCUUCAUGGGAAUUCUAACUUUAGUGCAGAAGAAAAAAUCAUACCUCAAGCAUUGGAGUGAAUUGGUUUUGAAGACCCAGAAGUUCUUAAACCCUACCUAAUUCCUGGGAUCUAUAGACUAAGCUAAAGAAAGCCCUUUCUUAAUCAUCUUCUGUUCAAUGCCAUAUUUAUUUGUAGAAAAUAAGAGGGGUUGUCAUGGAGAGGUGGCUUGGAAAUGUUUUUUUAAAAAAACUAGUUUAAGAUUUGUAUCUUGUUCAGGUAAGUUGAUUUUAGAUGCUCUUUUGAGAGAGAGAGAAAAAAAUGUAAAUAAGAUUUCUAAUUUUCUGUUUAAUUAAAAAGUUUAUAUAAAUGUUUUAAAAACUGAGGAGGGAGGGGUUUUGUAUAGAAUGCAACAUGCAAGUACCACACACUGUUUCAAUCUUGCACGAACUUUGUCAAGUGCGAGAGGGCCAGGUGAAACCCCUGGGGAGUCAAGCAUCCGGGCUCUGCAGGUUCUUCCUAGUGCUGGUGCACAUUGGACAUAGACCCCCAUAGGCCUCGGGGCUGCGCACAAGGUUUGCGAGAGCACUGAAAUGCCUACAACUUAUAUUAGAUAUCGGGCUGCCAUUCAGGCAUCUGUGUGUUCAGAUGGUAAAGAAGGCGCUGUCUGUAGCUGAGCUCUGCUUCCUUCACAGGCAAAGCCUUCUAGGCGCUCUCUCCCUUUAUGGACACUUCCCAAUGGCUUGUUGCACCAGCGUUCUGGGUUUUUGGUGGCUGGCUUUAAGGCACAACAUAGCACAUCCCUUGACCUCUGGGGUCUCCUGUCAGAUUUGCCAUUCUGUUAGGUCUGCCUAUCCCCUUUAUCCAAGUGUGCUUGUUAGUGCUGGGCAUCUGCUGUUUCGAAGGUGAGCCAGGGAAGGGGAAUGGACACAUUGGGAGGAAGAUAGUGGGAGUGGUGAGUGUUGCGUUGUGCUUGAGGGGAAGGAGACCGGCAGUCCACUCUGCUGAUCCAUUCUGGAUUGUUUAGCGUGCUCCUGAACCACAGGAGUGCGAAGGCAGCCUGUAUUCAGUCUGCUGAGCUGCAACGUAACACUGCCAUUGCUUCACUCUUCCUUCUGAUAUCUACAAUAAUGUUGCACACUGUAAAACACAGCUUGCAGACUUUGGUUCUGUUAUAGCUUUUCCUCUCCUCAGAAUAGUGUUCGGACUCAAGGGAGCUCGUCUGAUUUCACCUCUGCAGUGGGCACUGCCUUUCCCUGUUUCCUACACACUGUUUUUUUUAAAACUCUUUGCCCCAGAUGGCUUAACAGCAAGGGGUAGUGGUGCAUUCAGAGAAGGGGUGAAAGACCAUGCAGCAGAACUGUCAGAAUAAUUCUGGGAAGGUGUAGCCACUGCUUCUUCCUGCAGUGGUUGGUAAGGGAUGACAGAUCUUGGAAGAAGCAUUUUGGUCAAUUGUCUUUAUGCAGAUAACAACUCUCUGAGGGCAGUUAUUUCCAUCUCCAGAGUAAACAGAUGUUCUUCUGUGUUUUGCCCAUCUUUCCCCCUUCUUUUUUAGGGACAGGGGAUUGACUGCUCUUUUACCCCUGAAAACAGAAUCGGAAGUGUUCAGACUUACAAGAGGUGCUUAACUAGUGCUUGUAGGCAGCUUAAAGGGAGGUGUUUUUUAAUUUGAAUAGGAUCACAACACUGAAUGCAGCUAGGCCAGAUUGGCAGCCUAAUGUUUGUUGGUGUUUUGAUCCCAAACUUAAGUUGACAGUAUUAACUUGAAGCCUUUUAAUGCACCGGGAAGUCCAAUGCUGUUUUUUAAACCUUCUCACUGGUGUUUGUGUAGCCACCUGGUGGAACGGUGGCUUUUCCUCAUGAGGGCAAGUGGCCGUGCAUAUCAGACCUAGACCUACCUGUGUGAAAAGCACUUUUUGGGGUACUUUUGUAUCUGUACCAGCAGAAGCUGCAUCUCCUCAUUCUAGAUCAUCCUGUGCUUGCUUCCUGGAAAAGGGGCUUUUGCAACCCGGUCUGACACAGCAUAAAACCUGUACAGAAACACAAUACUCCACUUGCUGUUCUUAACCCCCUCUUGGUCUCUGUUUUAGGACAUCUUGUGUCCCAAUGAGAUACUGCUUAGCUGUGCACUUUUCUCUGGGGUGCUUGCUGAGACUUCUUCCCAGGUUGGCACCUGAUGCCUUACUCUCAGCAAUCGGAGGUUUGCUUGCUUCCUCUUUUUCUGUGUGUGUGUGUGUGCGUGUGCGCGCAGGUUUUCAGCAUAGUGUAGUUAGAUUCUGCGGCUUCUUUCUUCCCCCAUUAACUAGUGGCCUUGUUCAGGGUUUUUGUUUUU